UUUAUGUACAGCAGCUUGAACGUAUGUAACAGAGCAGUACGUUUAGCAGUUGUCAUAUGAAGCAGAUAACCACGUUUUACAAUUCGCAUUCUUGGCGUUUAUAAGCCGUUUUCAACAUAGGAGAAAAGAGAACGAGAAGGAUUGUUUUAAUAUCACAUAACACUUGAUAUUGUAAAAUCCAUAUAAAUUCUACCAAUUUUGUAUUGCAUUAGAUUUUUACAAUGGUGCAAAAUAUAGCUAUUGUUGAGAAAACAUCAAGUGAAACAAAAUUUGAUGAAUUUUUGAUGGAGAUAAAAAAAUCGAAGUUUGAAAAAGAAUCUUUGUACUGUUUUUUGACAAUGCAUACACCUUUUCGGAAUCUAGUAAAUGUAACUUUACAAGAAUGUAAGUUUAAUUUCUUGCCAAAAGAGUUCGGUACAUUACAUCAUCUUCAAGAGAUUACAUUAUCCAGAAAUUAUGUCGUGAAUACUACUCAAUCUGCAUGGGAAUGGUUAGAGCAAGCUCCUAUGAGAAGUAAUUUAAAAUUAUUGAAAAUAACAGAGUAUUACCUAUCUGAAUUACCUUUGCAAAUCACAUGUUUGAAAAAUCUUACAACAUUAGACAUAACUGGGAAUAGAAUCAAUUUUUUACCAAAAGAGUUUGGUAACUUGUCUCUUUUGGAUCUUGAUCUAUCGUGUAAUGAUUUCGGAAGGUCUAAACAAUCUGCAUGGGAAUGGUUAACGCAAGCUCCUAUUAGAAAUAAUUUAAGAAAACUUGACAUAAGCUGUAAUUAUAUCACUGCAGUACCAUUACAAAUCACUUGUUUGAAAAAUUUAGAAUCAUUAGGCUUAUUCAAAAAUCAGAUCAACUUUUUGCCGAAAGAAUUUGGUAUUUUAUCUCAACUGACAACACUUGAUUUAGAGGGUAAUAAAUUCGUAACAUGUGGGCAUUCUACAUGGAAAUGGUUAGAAAUGCCCAUUAGAAAUAAUUUAUCACUGUUAGACAUAAGUAACAAUUGUCUGUUUGAAUUUCCAUUACAAAUUACAUGUUUGAAAAAUCUACAGUUCUUAGACAUAAGCAGGAACAAAAUUGACUUUUUACCAAAAGAGUUAGGUACUUUGCCUCAGCUUACAUGUCUUAAUCUUUCUUUUAAUCACCUUGGAAAAUCUGAUCGCAAUACAUGGGAAUGGCUAGAGCAAGCUGCAGUCAGAAAUAAAUUGUCAGAAUUAUAUUUGUCACACAAUCUGUUAACGGAACUACCGCCACAAAUUGGAAAACUAAAUGCUUUAACUAUUUUACGGCUUGCUGGCAAUAAGUUAAAAUUUUUACCACAAAGUCUCGUAAAUCUAAAAAAUUUAAAACAUCUUAAUUUAUCGGACAAUGAUUUGUUAUAUUUACCAGGAAGUUUGGCACAUGUAUCGGUAGAUAUAAAUGUUGAAGAGAAUCCAUUUAAUUUAGAUGACGAUAGUGAUGAUAAUUUGACAACGAAUUUGUAAGUGCCAAGUCUUGUGGAAUGUUCAGCAGAAUUUAUUCUGAAAACUGG